AUGCCGUUGGUGGCGAAGCGUGCAGGGUACUCUGCCAUCUUGAUGAACUUGGAACACAUGGCGAUGAGCAUGGAGACGAUGAAGGACAUUGCAGUCUCCUGUUUGAACGUGGGAAUCACGCCCACAGUUGUCGUCCCAACGUGUGCUCCCGAAUGGAUCUCAAGGUGCCUUGACUCUGGAGCGCAGACAAUCAUUGUGCCUCAUGUCAACAAUGUCGAGCAGGCCAGGAUGUGUGUCGAUGCUUCCAAGUUCCCGCCUCUGGUAAGGCAGACACUUUGUGCCCAUCGACUUCAGAGGCCGGACGCUAUGACUGACUCGUCUCAGGGCCAUAGAUCUGUCACCAUGGUGUCUGCCAUGACGCAGUAUACGACAGAGCUCUCGUAUGCGACCAUCUCCGAGGUUGUCAAUAACGAAGUUAUGAUCAUGCCAAUGAUCGAAUCCCAGGAGGGUGUCGACAAUGUUGAGGAAAUAGCAGCAGUGCCGGGAAUAGAUGCCUUGUUUAUCGGAUGCGCGGACUUGUGCAUGGAGCUUGGAAUUCCGGGACAAUACGACACAGAGCUAUUCCAUUCGACAGUUGCAAAAGUGGCUGCCGCUGCUGAAAAGGCCAGUGCAGGCGAUCGGAAGGUGUUUGUUGGACUGGGCGGACUGGAACCUCGCCCUGAUCUCUUGUCAACAUUCGCAAAGAGGCAUGCUCCCAUCAGGUUUGCCAUGGCAGGUCGCGAUCUUGCGCUGCUGAUGACGUCCAUGACCCAGCAAGCUGCCAAGAUAAACAGUAUAUCCACGGAGCUCUAG